GGCUCUGUAAGCGCUGGAGUUGGUUUUGACUGCCUCCGCGAUGUGGCAAGCAGUUUGCUCUAUGCGAAUCUCAUCUGCUCAGAGGGUGAGGAACCAGGUACCACAGACGCAACGAUGAGCGCCAUCCGGACGCUCCUGGAUUUGGCAGAGGCUUGCAGCACCUGCAAGAUCAUCAUUGGCCUUAGUCCAGAACAUGCGAGCUGUGAAGGCUUGGCUUGCUCAUUGCUCAGACUGGGAUUCCAGGUCAUCUCUGUACGGAAGUGUCCCCUGUUGAACGAUGCAGCGCUGUUGCUGGAGUUCGACUUGGGGCCUCCGGCCCCCUUUCGAGGAAACCCAGUGACGUCCUCGGACUACACAUGCAGUGGGACCUCGGAGUGCUCCACAUCGGCAGAGGACCACGACUAUCUCCAGUGCGAAUUGGAGUGCCAAGACAGCGAUUGA